AUGAUUUGUUCAACAAUUCAAAAAGAUACUGUGGAUGCUUGUACUAAAGAAACAAUUAAAGCUAUCAUCAAAGACUUGGAUGGUGAUUAUUUUGGAAUACUAGUUGAUGAGUCAAAGGACAUUUCACAUAAAGAGCAAAUGGCACUAGUUUUACGAUAUGUUAACAAAAACGGAGAGUUGAUAGAAAGCUUUUUGGGUAUUGUUCAUGUGGGUGAUACAUCCGUAAGAUCAUUGCAAAAAGUAAUUUACUCUUUACUUUUGGAUCACUCGUUAUGCCUAUCAAGACUCCGUGGACAAGGUUAUGAUGGAGCUAGUAAUAUGCAAGGAGAAAAAAAUGGCUUAAAGUCUUUGAUUUUGCAAGAUGUUCCAUCUGCAUUUUAUAUUCAUUGCUUUGCUCAUCAAUUGGACUUACUUCAACAACACCAAGUUGAAAAGUUGGAAGAAUUGCUUAAAUAUGGAGAAAUUCUUACUGGACAAGGAUUAAAUCAAGGCCUCCAACGACCGGGUGAUACUCGUUGGGGAUCCCAUUUCAAGACCUUGGAAAAUUUCAUGAUUAUAUAUUCUUCAAUUGCUAAUGUGCUUAAAGAUAUGAGAGAAGAUUCUCCACAUGAUCUUGAUAAACUUGCAGCAUGUAACCUUUUAGAUAAAAUUCAAGAAUUUGAAUUUAUCUUUGUGUUGCAUUUGAUGUUCAAGAUGUUGCUUCUUACAAAUGAAUUGAACAAAGCUUUACAAAAGAAAGAUCAAGAUAUUGUCAAUGCUAUAGGAUUGCUUAAUCUUUCAAAGAGAAGAUUACAAGCAAUGAGAGAGAGUGGUUUGGAGUCUUUGAUGGAUGAGGUUUCUUCAUUUUGUGCUAAACAUGAUAUUCUGGUUCCCGUAAUGAGUGAAGACUAUCCAAGAUCGAAGCGUAAGAAGUCCGAAAUUUCAUAUUUACAUCACUUUCGUGUGGAAGUGUUUUAUGCAGUUAUUGAUUUGCAACUUCAGGAGCCCAAUAAUCGUUUUGAUGUUGUGAUUAGUGACUUACUCCUUGGUAUGACUAGUUUGAAUCCGGUUGAUUCAUUUGCUAAUUUUAGUAAGAGCAGAAUAAUGAAGUUGGCUGAAUAUUAUAAAAGCGACUUUGGUGAUAAUGAACUUCGAGAUCUCAGUUAUCAGCUUGAUAGUUUCAUUGUCUAUGCUCGAGAGUGUGAUAGCAAGUUUCUCAACUUGAAGGGGAUUAAAUAUCUUGCUACGGAUGGCACAAACAAAAUUGGAUCAAACUUUCUCUUGUUUAUUUGCUUGUAA